GUUCUCCAUGAGCCAGCAGGUUAAUGAUAAUUGCGCUUGUUUGAGUUCGUUCCAUUCAGCUGUCACUUUCCUCAUUCGUUGCCUGCCUGGCUCUGCCUCCGUUGAGCUUCUCCAAUCCCAAUUCUAGCUAUCUUAUCACUCACUGUAUUCCAUUUCCACCUCCCAUUCGGAAUCAAAAGAUGCGUCGCUUUACCUCAGCCCGACGGUUACCGCUCCUUCGCCGGAGCUCCGCCAGCAUCAGACCUUCCUAUGCGCUCUACCCCUCCCCCACCUCUUCUUCCUCCUCUACUCUCCCCACUCAUUCACACUCUAUAUCUUCUCUCUCAUCCUUCGCUUCUGCUUCUGCUUCUGCUUCUGCUUCUUCCUCCUCAUCAUCAUCUUCUUCUCCUCUCCCCUCCCUCUCUGCCUCCACUUCUUCCCCUCCUGUCCUUCGUCGUUCCCCUCUUCGCUCCACUACUCUUCCCAAGCUCCAAAAGCGUUAUUGCUCUUGUCGCAGGAUGUGCGGUACACGUCGUGGAGAAGUGUCGGGCUCGACCAACAUCACCCACGGUCGUGAGGUCCUGCCCACCAACGUCAAGCCCCUUCACUAUGACUUGACUCUCGAGCCCAACUUUGAGGCUUUUACCUAUGACGGAACUGUCAUCGUCGACCUCGAGGUCACCGAAGAUACCAAUUCCAUCUCCCUCAACUCCAACGAGAUCAAGAUUCACAAUGCCGUUGUUUCUGCUCAGGGCUCUGUCGUGGCCUCCCAGCCCGAGGUCUCCAUCAACCAAGACACCCAGGUCGCCACCGUCAAGUUCUCCGAGACUAUCCCCGCUGGCUCCUCGGCCCAGCUGAAGCUGACCUUCACCGGCGAGCUCAAUGAUAACAUGGCCGGUUUCUACCGCUCCUCAUACAAGACCUCCGAUGGUGAAACCAAGUACAUUGCUACAACUCAGAUGGAACCUACCGAUGCCCGUCGGGCCUUCCCCUGCUUUGACGAGCCCGCUCUCAAGGCCAAGUUCACUAUCACUCUGGUCGCUGACAAGAGUAUGGCCUGCUUGAGCAACAUGGAUGUUGCUUCUGAGACCGAGGUUGACGGCGGCAAGAAGGCGGUCAAGUUCAACACCUCUCCCCUCAUGUCCACCUACCUCGUCGCUUUCAUUGUCGGCCACCUCAAGUACAUCGAGACCAAUGCCUUCCGCAUCCCUAUCCGCGUCUAUGCCACCCCCGAUCAGGACAUUGAGCACGGUCGGUUCUCGCUUGACCUGGCUGCUCGCACCCUGGCCUUCUAUGAGAAGGCCUUCGACAGUGAAUUCCCCCUGCCCAAGAUGGACAUGGUGGCCAUUCCUGACUUUAGCGCCGGUGCUAUGGAGAACUGGGGUCUGAUCACCUACCGUAUUGUCGAUGUUCUCUUGGAUGAGAAGACAAGCGGUGCUGCCCGCAAGGAGCGCAUCGCGGAGACCGUUCAGCACGAGCUGGCUCACCAGUGGUUCGGAAACUUGGUCACCAUGGACUUUUGGGAUGGUCUCUGGCUCAAUGAGGGCUUUGCCACCUGGAUGUCCUGGUACUCUUGCAACGCUUUCUAUCCCGAGUGGAAGGUCUGGCAGACUUACGUCAUCGACAACUUGCAGAGCGCCCUGUCCUUGGACUCGCUCCGCAGCAGUCACCCCAUUGAGGUGCCUGUGAAGCGUGCCGACGAGAUCAACCAGAUCUUCGAUGCCAUCUCUUACUCCAAGGGCUCGUCCGUUCUGCGCAUGAUCUCCAAGUACAUGGGUGAGGACGUGUUCCUGCAGGGUGUCCGUAACUACAUCAAGAAGCACGCCUAUGGCAACACCCAGACGGGUGACCUGUGGGCUGCUCUCGCCGAUGCUAGUGGCAAGCCCGUCGAGCAGGUGAUGGACAUCUGGACCAAGAACGUGGGAUUCCCCGUUGUCACUGUCUCUGAGGAUGCCAAGACCUCAUCCAUCAAGGUCAAGCAGAACCGCUUCCUGCGAACGGGCGAUGUCCGCCCUGAGGAGGAUACCACGCUCUACCCAGUCAUCCUGGGUCUGCGGACCAAGCAGGGUCUCGAUGAAGAUACCAUGCUGAGCGAGCGGGAAGGCGAAUUCAAGGUUCCCGAUUUGGACUUCUUCAAGCUCAACGCUGAUCACUCCGCCAUCUAUCGCACCUCCUACACCCCCGAGCGUCUCACUAAGCUGGGACAGGCUGCUAAGAAUGGCCUUCUCACCGUCGAAGACCGUGCUGGUAUGAUCGCCGACGCGGGUGCUCUCGCGGCGUCUGGCUUUCAGAGCACUUCCGGACUCCUGUCUCUUCUGAAGGGAUUCGACAGCGAGUCUGAAUUCGUUGUGUGGAACGAGAUUCUGACCCGUAUCGGUGCUCUCCGGGCCGCUUGGUUGUUUGAGGAUGCUUCCAGCAAGGAUGCCCUGAAGGCCUUCCAGCGGUCUUUGGUCAGCGAGAAGGCCCAUGAGCUUGGAUGGGACUUCUCCGACAAGGACGGACACAUCCUGCAGCAGUUCAAGGCAUUGAUGUUCGGCAGUGCCGGCUCGGCUGAGGAUCCGGUCGUUGUCAAGGCGGCCCACGAUAUGUUCGAGCGGUUCGCUGCCGGCGAUGCCAAUGCCAUUCACCCCAACAUCCGCGGCAGCGUGUUCAGCAUCGUGCUGAAGAAGGGCGGUGAGAAGGAGUACAACAUUGUGUUGGACCGGUUCCGCAACGCCCCGACUUCGGACGAGAAGACCACCGCCCUCCGCUGCUUGGGUGCCGCCGAGGACCCGGCUUUGAUCAAGCGCACCCUGGAAUUGGCCAGUGGCGACGAGGUCAAGAACCAGGACAUCUACAUGCCCCUGAGCGGCCUGCGCAGCCACACCAAUGGUAUCGAGGCCCGCUGGACCUGGUUGACCACCAACUGGGAUGCCAUCUUCAAGCGCCUGCCCCCGUCGCUGGGUAUGCUCGGCACUGUUAUUCAGCUCAGCACCGCCAGCUUCUGCACGGAGGCCCAGUUGAAGGAGGUUGAGACCUUCUUCAAGAGCAAGGACACCAAGGGAUUCGACCGUGCCGUCGAGCAGAGUCUGGAUGCCAUUCGUGCCAAGGUCAACUGGGUCAACCGUGACCGCGCCGACGUUGGUUCCUGGUUGAAGACCAACGGCUAUUCCCAGGGCGGCAAGCUAUAAGCGACCACUUGGCUCGCAUUCGUGUUGACGAUCGCUAGGAUCAGGACACUCAAGGCCGCGCGAGGCCUAAACACAUCCCCACACCCUCACAUUUUUGUAGAAUAUUUUCUUUUGGGCAGAUAGUACAUUGAUUAGGUCCCCCCCGGGGGCCACGAAAGAUACCAAAUAUGACAGCACUCUUCUCUGAAC